AUGCGGCUGGCGAGGAUCGGGGUGGAGGGCAUCAUGCGCGGCAGCAGCGGUGCAGCAGACGUGCGUACAAGCAGGAGUGCAAAGGAGUGCACAGGAUUUACCUGUCAGUUCAGUGCCCACCUGCAUGCGGCUGGCGAGGAUCGGGGUGGAGGGCAUCAUGCGUGGCAGCAGCGGUGCAGCAGACGUGCGUACAAGCAGGAGUGCAAAGGAGUGCACAGGAUUUACCUGUCAGUUCAGUGCCCACCUGCAUGCGGCUGGCGAGGAUGGGGGUGGAGUGCAUCAUGCGCGGCAGCAGCGGUGCAGCAGACGUGCGUACAAGCAGGAGUGCAAAGGAGUGCACAGGAUUUACCUGUCAGUUCAGUGCCCACCUGCAUGCGGCUGGCGAGGAUCGGGGUGGAGGGCAUCAUGCGCGGCAGCAGCGGUGCAGCAGACGUGCGUACAAGCAGGAGUGCAAAGGAGUGCACAGGAUUUACCUGUCAGUUCAGUGCCCACCUGCAUGCGGCUGGCGAGGAUGGGGGUGGAGUGCAUGAUGCGCGGCAGCAGCGGUGCAGCAGACGUGCGUACAAGCAGGAGUGCAAAGGAGUGCACAGGAUUUACCUGUCAGUUCAGUGCCCACCUGCAUGCGGCUGGCGAGGAUCGGGGUGGAGGGCAUCAUGCACGGCAGCAGCGGUGCAGCAGACGUGCGUACAAGCAGGAGUGCAAAGGAGUGCACAGGAUUUACCUGUCAGUUCAGUGCCCACCUGCAUGCGGCUGGCGAGGAUGGGGGUGGAGUGCAUGAUGCGCGGCAGCAGCGGUGCAGCAGACGUGCGUACAAGCAGGAGUGCAAAGGAGUGCACAGGAUUUACCUCAGCGGUGCAGCAGACGUGCGUACAAGCAGGAGUGCAAAGGAGUGCACAGGAUUUACUUGUCAGUUCAGUGCCCACCUGCAUGCGGCUGGCGAGGAUGGGGGUGGAGGGCAUCAUGCGCGGCAGCAGCGGUGCAGCAGACGUGCGUACAAGCAGGAGUGCAAAGGAGUGCACAGGAUUUACUUGUCAGUUCAGUGCCCACCUGCAUGCGGCUGGCGAGGAUGGGGGUGGAGUGCAUGAUGCGCGGCAGCAGCGGUGCAGCAGACGUGCGUACAAGCAGGAGUGCAAAGGAGUGCACAGGAUUUACUUGUCAGUUCAGUGCCCACCUGCAUGCGGCUGGCGAGGGUGGGGGUGGAGUGCAUCAUGCGCGGCAGCAGCGGUGCAGCAGACGUGCGUACAAGCAGGAGUGCAAAGGAGUGCACAGGAUUUACCUGUCAGUUCAGUGCCCACCUGCAUGCGGCUGGCGAGGAUCGGGGUGGAGGGCAUCAUGCGCGGCAGCAGCGGUGCAGCAGACGUGCGUACAAGCAGGAGUGCAAAGGAGUGCACAGGAUUUACCUGUCAGUUCAGUGCCCACCUGCAUGCGGCUGGCGAGGAUGGGGGUGGAGUGCAUGAUGCGCGGCAGCAGCGGUGCAGCAGACGUGCGUACAAGCAGGAGUGCAAAGGAGUGCACAGGAUUUACCUGUCAGUUCAGUGCCCACCUGCAUGCGGCUGGCGAGGAUCGGGGUGGAGGGCAUCAUGCGCGGCAGCAGCGGUGCAGCAGACGUGCGUACAAGCAGGAAUGCAAAGGAGUGCACAGGAUUUACCUGUCAGUUCAGUGCCCACCUGCAUGCGGCUGGCGAGGAUGGGGGUGGAGGGCAUCAUGCGCGGCAGCAGCGGUGCAGCAGACGUGCAUACAAGCAGGAGUGCAAAGGAGUGCACAGGAUUUACUUGUCAGUUCAGUGCCCACCUGCAUGCGGCUGGCGAGGAUGGGGGUGGAGUGCAUGAUGCGCGGCAGCAGCGGUGCAGCAGACGUGCGUACAAGCAGGAGUGCAAAGGAGUGCACAGGAUUUACUUGUCAGUUCAGUGCCCACCUGCAUGCGGCUGGCGAGGAUCGGGGUGGAGUGCAUCAUGCGCGGCAGCAGCGGUGCAGCAGACGUGCGUACAAGCAGGAGUGCAAAGGAGUGCACAGGAUUUACUUGUCAGUUCAGUGCCCACCUGCAUGCGGCUGGCGAGGAUGGGGGUGGAGUGCAUCAUGCGCGGCAGCAGCGGUGCAGCAGACGUGCGUACAAGCAGGAGUGCAAAGGAGUGCACAGGAUUUACUUGUCAGUUCAGUGCCCACCUGCAUGCGGCUGGCGAGGAUGGGGGUGGAGUGCAUCAUGCGCGGCAGCAGCGGUGCAGCAGACGUGCGUACAAGCAGGAGUGCAAAGGAGUGCACAGGAUUUACUUGUCAGUUCAGUGCCCACCUGCAUGCGGCUGGCGAGGAUGGGGGUGGAGUGCAUCAUGCGCGGCAGCAGCGGUGCAGCAGACGUGCGUACAAGCAGGAGUGCAAAGGAGUGCACAGGAUUUACUUGUCAGUUCAGUGCCCACCUGCAUGCGGCUGGCGAGGAUGGGGGUGGAGUGCAUCAUGCGCGGCAGCAGCGGUGCAGCAGACGUGCGUACAAGCAGGAGUGCAAAGGAGUGCACAGGAUUUACUUGUCAGUUCAGUGCCCACCUGCAUGCGGCUGGCGAGGAUGGGGGUGGAGUGCAUCAUGCGCGGCAGCAGCGGUGCAGCAGACGUGCGUACAAGCAGGAGUGCAAAGGAGUGCACAGGAUUUACUUGUCAGUUCAGUGCCCACCUGCAUGCGGCUGGCGAGGAUGGGGGUGGAGUGCAUCAUGCGCGGCAGCAGCGGUGCAGCAGACGUGCGUACAAGCAGGAGUGCAAAGGAGUGCACAGGAUUUACUUGUCAGUUCAGUGCCCACCUGCAUGCGGCUGGCGAGGAUCGGGGUGGAGUGCAUGAUGCGCGGCAGCAGCGGUGCAGCAGACGUGCGUACAAGCAGGAGUGCAAAGGAGUGCACAGGAUUUACUUGUCAGUUCAGUGCCCACCUGCAUGCGGCUGGCGAGGGUGGGGGUGGAGUGCAUCAUGCGCGGCAGCAGCGGUGCAGCAGACGUGCGUACAAGCAGGAGUGCAAAGGAGUGCACAGGAUUUACCUGUCAGUUCAGUGCCCACCUGCAUGCGGCUGGCGAGGAUCGGGGUGGAGGGCAUCAUGCGCGGCAGCAGCGGUGCAGCAGACGUGCGUACAAGCAGGAGUGCAAAGGAGUGCACAGGAUUUACCUGUCAGUUCAGUGCCCACCUGCAUGCGGCUGGCGAGGAUGGGGGUGGAGGGCAUCAUGCGCGGCAGCAGCGGUGCAGCAGACGUGCGUACAAGCAGGAGUGCAAAGGAGUGCACAGGAUUUACUUGUCAGUUCAGUGCCCACCUGCAUGCGGCUGGCGAGGAUGGGGGUGGAGUGCAUGAUGCGCGGCAGCAGCGGUGCAGCAGACGUGCGUACAAGCAGGAGUGCAAAGGAGUGCACAGGAUUUACUUGUCAGUUCAGUGCCCACCUGCAUGCGGCUGGCGAGGAUGGGGGUGGAGUGCAUCAUGCGCGGCAGCAGCGGUGCAGCAGACGUGCGUACAAGCAGGAGUGCAAAGGAGUGCACAGGAUUUACUUGUCAGUUCAGUGCCCACCUGCAUGCGGCUGGCGAGGAUGGGGGUGGAGUGCAUCAUGCGCGGCAGCAGCGGUGCAGCAGACGUGCGUACAAGCAGGAGUGCAAAGGAGUGCACAGGAUUUACUUGUCAGUUCAGUGCCCACCUGCAUGCGGCUGGCGAGGAUGGGGGUGGAGUGCAUCAUGCGCGGCAGCAGCGGUGCAGCAGACGUGCGUACAAGCAGGAGUGCAAAGGAGUGCACAGGAUUUACUUGUCAGUUCAGUGCCCACCUGCAUGCGGCUGGCGAGGAUGGGGGUGGAGUGCAUCAUGCGCGGCAGCAGCGGUGCAGCAGACGUGCGUACAAGCAGGAGUGCAAAGGAGUGCACAGGAUUUACUUGUCAGUUCAGUGCCCACCUGCAUGCGGCUGGCGAGGAUGGGGGUGGAGUGCAUCAUGCGCGGCAGCAGCGGUGCAGCAGACGUGCGUACAAGCAGGAGUGCAAAGGAGUGCACAGGAUUUACUUGUCAGUUCAGUGCCCACCUGCAUGCGGCUGGCGAGGAUGGGGGUGGAGUGCAUCAUGCGCGGCAGCAGCGGUGCAGCAGACGUGCGUACAAGCAGGAGUGCAAAGGAGUGCACAGGAUUUACUUGUCAGUUCAGUGCCCACCUGCAUGCGGCUGGCGAGGAUGGGGGUGGAGUGCAUCAUGCGCGGCAGCAGCGGUGCAGCAGACGUGCGUACAAGCAGGAGUGCAAAGGAGUGCACAGGAUUUACUUGUCAGUUCAGUGCCCACCUGCAUGCGGCUGGCGAGGAUGGGGGUGGAGUGCAUCAUGCGCGGCAGCAGCGGUGCAGCAGACGUGCGUACAAGCAGGAGUGCAAAGGAGUGCACAGGAUUUACUUGUCAGUUCAGUGCCCACCUGCAUGCGGCUGGCGAGGAUGGGGGUGGAGUGCAUCAUGCGCGGCAGCAGCGGUGCAGCAGACGUGCGUACAAGCAGGAGUGCAAAGGAGUGCACAGGAUUUACUUGUCAGUUCAGUGCCCACCUGCAUGCGGCUGGCGAGGAUGGGGGUGGAGUGCAUCAUGCGCGGCAGCAGCGGUGCAGCAGACGUGCGUACAAGCAGGAGUGCAAAGGAGUGCACAGGAUUUACUUGUCAGUUCAGUGCCCACCUGCAUGCGGCUGGCGAGGAUGGGGGUGGAGUGCAUCAUGCGCGGCAGCAGCGGUGCAGCAGACGUGCGUACAAGCAGGAGUGCAAAGGAGUGCACAGGAUUUACUUGUCAGUUCAGUGCCCACCUGCAUGCGGCUGGCGAGGAUGGGGGUGGAGUGCAUCAUGCGCGGCAGCAGCGGUGCAGCAGACGUGCGUACAAGCAGGAGUGCAAAGGAGUGCACAGGAUUUACUUGUCAGUUCAGUGCCCACCUGCAUGCGGCUGGCGAGGAUCGGGGUGGAGUGCAUCAUGCGCGGCAGCAGCGGUGCAGCAGACGUGCGUACAAGCAGGAGUGCAAAGGAGUGCACAGGAUUUACUUGUCAGUUCAGUGCCCACCUGCAUGCGGCUGGCGAGGAUGGGGGUGGAGUGCAUCAUGCGCGGCAGCAGCGGUGCAGCAGACGUGCGUACAAGCAGGAGUGCAAAGGAGUGCACAGGAUUUACUUGUCAGUUCAGUGCCCACCUGCAUGCGGCUGGCGAGGAUGGGGGUGGAGGGCAUCAUGCGCGGCAGCAGCGGUGCAGCAGACGUGCGUACAAGCAGGAGUGCAAAGGAGUGCACAGGAUUUACUUGUCAGUUCAGUGCCCACCUGCAUGCGGCUGGCGAGGAUCGGGGUGGAGUGCAUCAUGCGCGGCAGCAGCGGUUCAGCAGACGUGCGUACAAGCAGGAGUGCAAAGGAGUGCACAGGAUUUACUUGUCAGUUCAGUGCCCACCUGCAUGCGGCUGGCGAGGAUGGGGGUGGAGUGCAUCAUGCGCGGCAGCAGCGGUGCAGCAGACGUGCGUACAAGCAGGAGUGCAAAGGAGUGCACAGGAUUUACUUGUCAGUUCAGUGCCCACCUGCAUGCGGCUGGCGAGGAUGGGGGUGGAGUGCAUCAUGCGCGGCAGCAGCGGUGCAGCAGACGUGCGUACAAGCAGGAGUGCAAAGGAGUGCACAGGAUUUACUUGUCAGUUCAGUGCCCACCUGCAUGCGGCUGGCGAGGAUGGGGGUGGAGUGCAUCAUGCGCGGCAGCAGCGGUGCAGCAGACGUGCGUACAAGCAGGAGUGCAAAGGAGUGCACAGGAUUUACUUGUCAGUUCAGUGCCCACCUGCAUGCGGCUGGCGAGGAUGGGGGUGGAGUGCAUCAUGCGCGGCAGCAGCGGUGCAGCAGACGUGCGUACAAGCAGGAGUGCAAAGGAGUGCACAGGAUUUACUUGUCAGUUCAGUGCCCACCUGCAUGCGGCUGGCGAGGAUGGGGGUGGAGUGCAUCAUGCGCGGCAGCAGCGGUGCAGCAGACGUGCGUACAAGCAGGAGUGCAAAGGAGUGCACAGGAUUUACUUGUCAGUUCAGUGCCCACCUGCAUGCGGCUGGCGAGGAUGGGGGUGGAGUGCAUCAUGCGCGGCAGCAGCGGUGCAGCAGACGUGCGUACAAGCAGGAGUGCAAAGGAGUGCACAGGAUUUACUUGUCAGUUCAGUGCCCACCUGCAUGCGGCUGGCGAGGAUCGGGGUGGAGUGCAUGAUGCGCGGCAGCAGCGGUGCAGCAGACGUGCGUACAAGCAGGAGUGCAAAGGAGUGCACAGGAUUUACUUGUCAGUUCAGUGCCCACCUGCAUGCGGCUGGCGAGGGUGGGGGUGGAGUGCAUCAUGCGCGGCAGCAGCGGUGCAGCAGACGUGCGUACAAGCAGGAGUGCAAAGGAGUGCACAGGAUUUACCUGUCAGUUCAGUGCCCACCUGCAUGCGGCUGGCGAGGAUCGGGGUGGAGGGCAUCAUGCGCGGCAGCAGCGGUGCAGCAGACGUGCGUACAAGCAGGAGUGCAAAGGAGUGCACAGGAUUUACCUGUCAGUUCAGUGCCCACCUGCAUGCGGCUGGCGAGGAUGGGGGUGGAGGGCAUCAUGCGCGGCAGCAGCGGUGCAGCAGACGUGCGUACAAGCAGGAGUGCAAAGGAGUGCACAGGAUUUACUUGUCAGUUCAGUGCCCACCUGCAUGCGGCUGGCGAGGAUGGGGGUGGAGUGCAUGAUGCGCGGCAGCAGCGGUGCAGCAGACGUGCGUACAAGCAGGAGUGCAAAGGAGUGCACAGGAUUUACUUGUCAGUUCAGUGCCCACCUGCAUGCGGCUGGCGAGGAUGGGGGUGGAGUGCAUCAUGCGCGGCAGCAGCGGUGCAGCAGACGUGCGUACAAGCAGGAGUGCAAAGGAGUGCACAGGAUUUACUUGUCAGUUCAGUGCCCACCUGCAUGCGGCUGGCGAGGAUGGGGGUGGAGUGCAUCAUGCGCGGCAGCAGCGGUGCAGCAGACGUGCGUACAAGCAGGAGUGCAAAGGAGUGCACAGGAUUUACUUGUCAGUUCAGUGCCCACCUGCAUGCGGCUGGCGAGGAUGGGGGUGGAGUGCAUCAUGCGCGGCAGCAGCGGUGCAGCAGACGUGCGUACAAGCAGGAGUGCAAAGGAGUGCACAGGAUUUACUUGUCAGUUCAGUGCCCACCUGCAUGCGGCUGGCGAGGAUGGGGGUGGAGUGCAUCAUGCGCGGCAGCAGCGGUGCAGCAGACGUGCGUACAAGCAGGAGUGCAAAGGAGUGCACAGGAUUUACUUGUCAGUUCAGUGCCCACCUGCAUGCGGCUGGCGAGGAUGGGGGUGGAGUGCAUCAUGCGCGGCAGCAGCGGUGCAGCAGACGUGCGUACAAGCAGGAGUGCAAAGGAGUGCACAGGAUUUACUUGUCAGUUCAGUGCCCACCUGCAUGCGGCUGGCGAGGAUGGGGGUGGAGUGCAUCAUGCGCGGCAGCAGCGGUGCAGCAGACGUGCGUACAAGCAGGAGUGCAAAGGAGUGCACAGGAUUUACUUGUCAGUUCAGUGCCCACCUGCAUGCGGCUGGCGAGGAUGGGGGUGGAGUGCAUCAUGCGCGGCAGCAGCGGUGCAGCAGACGUGCGUACAAGCAGGAGUGCAAAGGAGUGCACAGGAUUUACUUGUCAGUUCAGUGCCCACCUGCAUGCGGCUGGCGAGGAUGGGGGUGGAGUGCAUCAUGCGCGGCAGCAGCGGUGCAGCAGACGUGCGUACAAGCAGGAGUGCAAAGGAGUGCACAGGAUUUACUUGUCAGUUCAGUGCCCACCUGCAUGCGGCUGGCGAGGAUGGGGGUGGAGUGCAUCAUGCGCGGCAGCAGCGGUGCAGCAGACGUGCGUACAAGCAGGAGUGCAAAGGAGUGCACAGGAUUUACUUGUCAGUUCAGUGCCCACCUGCAUGCGGCUGGCGAGGAUGGGGGUGGAGUGCAUCAUGCGCGGCAGCAGCGGUGCAGCAGACGUGCGUACAAGCAGGAGUGCAAAGGAGUGCACAGGAUUUACUUGUCAGUUCAGUGCCCACCUGCAUGCGGCUGGCGAGGAUGGGGGUGGAGUGCAUCAUGCGCGGCAGCAGCGGUGCAGCAGACGUGCGUACAAGCAGGAGUGCAAAGGAGUGCACAGGAUUUACUUGUCAGUUCAGUGCCCACCUGCAUGCGGCUGGCGAGGAUGGGGGUGGAGUGCAUCAUGCGCGGCAGCAGCGGUGCAGCAGACGUGCGUACAAGCAGGAGUGCAAAGGAGUGCACAGGAUUUACUUGUCAGUUCAGUGCCCACCUGCAUGCGGCUGGCGAGGAUCGGGGUGGAGUGCAUCAUGCGCGGCAGCAGCGGUGCAGCAGACGUGCGUACAAGCAGGAGUGCAAAGGAGUGCACAGGAUUUACUUGUCAGUUCAGUGCCCACCUGCAUGCGGCUGGCGAGGAUGGGGGUGGAGUGCAUCAUGCGCGGCAGCAGCGGUGCAGCAGACGUGCGUACAAGCAGGAGUGCAAAGGAGUGCACAGGAUUUACUUGUCAGUUCAGUGCCCACCUGCAUGCGGCUGGCGAGGAUGGGGGUGGAGGGCAUCAUGCGCGGCAGCAGCGGUGCAGCAGACGUGCGUACAAGCAGGAGUGCAAAGGAGUGCACAGGAUUUACUUGUCAGUUCAGUGCCCACCUGCAUGCGGCUGGCGAGGAUCGGGGUGGAGUGCAUCAUGCGCGGCAGCAGCGGUUCAGCAGACGUGCGUACAAGCAGGAGUGCAAAGGAGUGCACAGGAUUUACUUGUCAGUUCAGUGCCCACCUGCAUGCGGCUGGCGAGGAUCGGGGUGGAGUGCAUCAUGCGCGGCAGCAGCGGUGCAGCAGACGUGCGUACAAGCAGGAGUGCAAAGGAGUGCACAGGAUUUACUUGUCAGUUCAGUGCCCACCUGCAUGCGGCUGGCGAGGAUCGGGGUGGAGUGCAUCAUGCGCGGCAGCAGCGGUGCAGCAGAUGUGCGUACAAGCAGGAGUGCAAAGGAGUGCACAGGAUUUACUUGUCAGUUCAGUGCCCACCUGCAUGCGGCUGGCGAGGAUCGGGGUGGAGUGCAUCAUGCGCGGCAGCAGCGGUGCAGCAGACGUGCGUACAAGCAGGAGUGCAAAGGAGUGCACAGGAUUUACUUGUCAGUUCAGUGCCCACCUGCAUGCGGCUGGCGAGGAUCGGGGUGGAGGGCAUCAUGCGCGGCAGCAGCGGUGCAGCAGACGUGCGUACAAGCAGGAGUGCAAAGGAGUGCACAGGAUUUACUUGUCAGUUCAGUGCCCACCUGCAUGCGGCUGGCGAGGAUCGGGGUGGAGUGCAUGAUGCGCGGCAGCAGCGGUGCAGCAGACGUGCGUACAAGCAGGAGUGCAAAGGAGUGCACAGGAUUUACCUUUCAGUGCCCACCUGCAUGCGGCUGGCGAGGAUCGGGGUGGAGUGCAUCAUGCGCGGCAGCAGCGGUGCAGCAGACGUGCGUACAAGCAGGAGUGCAAAGGAGUGCACAGGAUUUACUUGUCAGUUCAGUGCCCACCUGCAUGCGGCUGGCGAGGAUGGGGGUGGAGUGCAUCAUGCGCGGCAGCAGCGGUGCAGCAGACGUGCGUACAAGCAGGAGUGCAAAGGAGUGCACAGGAUUUACUUGUCAGUUCAGUGCCCACCUGCAUGCGGCUGGCGAGGAUCGGGGUGGAGGGCAUCAUGCGCGGCAGCAGCGGUGCAGCAGACGUGCGUACAAGCAGGAGUGCAAAGGAGUGCACAGGAUUUACUUGUCAGUUCAGUGCCCACCUGCAUGCGGCUGGCGAGGAUCGGGGUGGAGUGCAUCAUGCGCGGCAGCAGCGGUGCAGCAGACGUGCGUACAAGCAGGAGUGCAAAGGAGUGCACAGGAUUUACUUGUCAGUUCAGUGCCCACCUGCAUGCGGCUGGCGAGGAUCGGGGUGGAGUGCAUCAUGCGCGGCAGCAGCGGUGCAGCAGACGUGCGUACAAGCAGGAGUGCAAAGGAGUGCACAGGAUUUACUUGUCAGUUCAGUGCCCACCUGCAUGCGGCUGGCGAGGAUCGGGGUGGAGUGCAUCAUGCGCGGCAGCAGCGGUGCAGCAGACGUGCGUACAAGCAGGAGUGCAAAGGAGUGCACAGGAUUUACUUGUCAGUUCAGUGCCCACCUGCAUGCGGCUGGCGAGGAUCGGGGUGGAGUGCAUCAUGCGCGGCAGCAGCGGUGCAGCAGACGUGCGUACAAGCAGGAGUGCAAAGGAGUGCACAGGAUUUACUUGUCAGUUCAGUGCCCACCUGCAUGCGGCUGGCGAGGAUCGGGGUGGAGUGCAUCAUGCGCGGCAGCAGCGGUGCAGCAGACGUGCGUACAAGCAGGAGUGCAAAGGAGUGCACAGGAUUUACUUGUCAGUUCAGUGCCCACCUGCAUGCGGCUGGCGAGGAUCGGGGUGGAGGGCAUCAUGCGCGGCAGCAGCGGUGCAGCAGACGUGCGUACAAGCAGGAGUGCAAAGGAGUGCACAGGAUUUACUUGUCAGUUCAGUGCCCACCUGCAUGCGGCUGGCGAGGAUCGGGGUGGAGGGCAUCAUGCGCGGCAGCAGCGGUGCAGCAGACGUGCGUACAAGCAGGAGUGCAAAGGAGUGCACAGGAUUUACUUGUCAGUUCAGUGCCCACCUGCAUGCGGCUGGCGAGGAUCGGGGUGGAGUGCAUCAUGCGCGGCAGCAGCGGUUCAGCAGACGUGCGUACAAGCAGGAGUGCAAAGGAGUGCACAGGAUUUACUUGUCAGUUCAGUGCCCACCUGCAUGCGGCUGGCGAGGAUCGGGGUGGAGUGCAUCAUGCGCGGCAGCAGCGGUGCAGCAGACGUGCGUACAAGCAGGAGUGCAAAGGAGUGCACAGGAUUUACUUGUCAGUUCAGUGCCCACCUGCAUGCGGCUGGCGAGGAUCGGGGUGGAGUGCAUCAUGCGCGGCAGCAGCGGUGCAGCAGACGUGCGUACAAGCAGGAGUGCAAAGGAGUGCACAGGAUUUACUUGUCAGUUCAGUGCCCACCUGCAUGCGGCUGGCGAGGAUCGGGGUGGAGUGCAUCAUGCGCGGCAGCAGCGGUGCAGCAGACGUGCGUACAAGCAGGAGUGCAAAGGAGUGCACAGGAUUUACUUGUCAGUUCAGUGCCCACCUGCAUGCGGCUGGCGAGGAUCGGGGUGGAGUGCAUCAUGCGCGGCAGCAGCGGUGCAGCAGACGUGCGUACAAGCAGGAGUGCAAAGGAGUGCACAGGAUUUACUUGUCAGUUCAGUGCCCACCUGCAUGCGGCUGGCGAGGAUCGGGGUGGAGGGCAUCAUGCGCGGCAGCAGCGGUGCAGCAGACGUGCGUACAAGCAGGAGUGCAAAGGAGUGCACAGGAUUUACUUGUCAGUUCAGUGCCCACCUGCAUGCGGCUGGCGAGGAUCGGGGUGGAGUGCAUCAUGCGCGGCAGCAGCGGUGCAGCAGACGUGCGUACAAGCAGGAGUGCAAAGGAGUGCACAGGAUUUACUUGUCAGUUCAGUGCCCACCUGCAUGCGGCUGGCGAGGAUCGGGGUGGAGUGCAUCAUGCGCGGCAGCAGCGGUGCAGCAGACGUGCGUACAAGCAGGAGUGCAAAGGAGUGCACAGGAUUUACUUGUCAGUUCAGUGCCCACCUGCAUGCGGCUGGCGAGGAUCGGGGUGGAGUGCAUCAUGCGCGGCAGCAGCGGUGCAGCAGACGUGCGUACAAGCAGGAGUGCAAAGGAGUGCACAGGAUUUACUUGUCAGUUCAGUGCCCACCUGCAUGCGGCUGGCGAGGAUCGGGGUGGAGUGCAUCAUGCGCGGCAGCAGCGGUGCAGCAGACGUGCGUACAAGCAGGAGUGCAAAGGAGUGCACAGGAUUUACUUGUCAGUUCAGUGCCCACCUGCAUGCGGCUGGCGAGGAUCGGGGUGGAGUGCAUCAUGCGCGGCAGCAGCGGUGCAGCAGACGUGCGUACAAGCAGGAGUGCAAAGGAGUGCACAGGAUUUACUUGUCAGUUCAGUGCCCACCUGCAUGCGGCUGGCGAGGAUCGGGGUGGAGGGCAUCAUGCGCGGCAGCAGCGGUGCAGCAGACGUGCGUACAAGCAGGAGUGCAAAGGAGUGCACAGGAUUUACUUGUCAGUUCAGUGCCCACCUGCAUGCGGCUGGCGAGGAUCGGGGUGGAGUGCAUCAUGCGCGGCAGCAGCGGUGCAGCAGACGUGCGUACAAGCAGGAGUGCAAAGGAGUGCACAGGAUUUACUUGUCAGUUCAGUGCCCACCUGCAUGCGGCUGGCGAGGAUCGGGGUGGAGUGCAUCAUGCGCGGCAGCAGCGGUGCAGCAGACGUGCGUACAAGCAGGAGUGCAAAGGAGUGCACAGGAUUUACUUGUCAGUUCAGUGCCCACCUGCAUGCGGCUGGCGAGGAUCGGGGUGGAGUGCAUCAUGCGCGGCAGCAGCGGUGCAGCAGACGUGCGUACAAGCAGGAGUGCAAAGGAGUGCACAGGAUUUACUUGUCAGUUCAGUGCCCACCUGCAUGCGGCUGGCGAGGAUCGGGGUGGAGGGCAUCAUGCGCGGCAGCAGCGGUGCAGCAGACGUGCGUACAAGCAGGAGUGCAAAGGAGUGCACAGGAUUUACUUGUCAGUUCAGUGCCCACCUGCAUGCGGCUGGCGAGGAUCGGGGUGGAGUGCAUCAUGCGCGGCAGCAGCGGUUCAGCAGACGUGCGUACAAGCAGGAGUGCAAAGGAGUGCACAGGAUUUACUUGUCAGUUCAGUGCCCACCUGCAUGCGGCUGGCGAGGAUCGGGGUGGAGUGCAUCAUGCGCGGCAGCAGCGGUGCAGCAGACGUGCGUACAAGCAGGAGUGCAAAGGAGUGCACAGGAUUUACUUGUCAGUUCAGUGCCCACCUGCAUGCGGCUGGCGAGGAUCGGGGUGGAGUGCAUCAUGCGCGGCAGCAGCGGUGCAGCAGACGUGCGUACAAGCAGGAGUGCAAAGGAGUGCACAGGAUUUACUUGUCAGUUCAGUGCCCACCUGCAUGCGGCUGGCGAGGAUCGGGGUGGAGUGCAUCAUGCGCGGCAGCAGCGGUGCAGCAGACGUGCGUACAAGCAGGAGUGCAAAGGAGUGCACAGGAUUUACUUGUCAGUUCAGUGCCCACCUGCAUGCGGCUGGCGAGGAUCGGGGUGGAGUGCAUCAUGCGCGGCAGCAGCGGUGCAGCAGACGUGCGUACAAGCAGGAGUGCAAAGGAGUGCACAGGAUUUACUUGUCAGUUCAGUGCCCACCUGCAUGCGGCUGGCGAGGAUCGGGGUGGAGGGCAUCAUGCGCGGCAGCAGCGGUGCAGCAGACGUGCGUACAAGCAGGAGUGCAAAGGAGUGCACAGGAUUUACUUGUCAGUUCAGUGCCCACCUGCAUGCGGCUGGCGAGGAUCGGGGUGGAGUGCAUCAUGCGCGGCAGCAGCGGUGCAGCAGACGUGCGUACAAGCAGGAGUGCAAAGGAGUGCACAGGAUUUACUUGUCAGUUCAGUGCCCACCUGCAUGCGGCUGGCGAGGAUCGGGGUGGAGUGCAUCAUGCGCGGCAGCAGCGGUGCAGCAGACGUGCGUACAAGCAGGAGUGCAAAGGAGUGCACAGGAUUUACUUGUCAGUUCAGUGCCCACCUGCAUGCGGCUGGCGAGGAUCGGGGUGGAGUGCAUCAUGCGCGGCAGCAGCGGUGCAGCAGACGUGCGUACAAGCAGGAGUGCAAAGGAGUGCACAGGAUUUACUUGUCAGUUCAGUGCCCACCUGCAUGCGGCUGGCGAGGAUCGGGGUGGAGUGCAUCAUGCGCGGCAGCAGCGGUGCAGCAGACGUGCGUACAAGCAGGAGUGCAAAGGAGUGCACAGGAUUUACUUGUCAGUUCAGUGCCCACCUGCAUGCGGCUGGCGAGGAUCGGGGUGGAGUGCAUCAUGCGCGGCAGCAGCGGUGCAGCAGACGUGCGUACAAGCAGGAGUGCAAAGGAGUGCACAGGAUUUACUUGUCAGUUCAGUGCCCACCUGCAUGCGGCUGGCGAGGAUCGGGGUGGAGGGCAUCAUGCGCGGCAGCAGCGGUGCAGCAGACGUGCGUACAAGCAGGAGUGCAAAGGAGUGCACAGGAUUUACUUGUCAGUUCAGUGCCCACCUGCAUGCGGCUGGCGAGGAUCGGGGUGGAGGGCAUCAUGCGCGGCAGCAGCGGUGCAGCAGACGUGCGUACAAGCAGGAGUGCAAAGGAGUGCACAGGAUUUACUUGUCAGUUCAGUGCCCACCUGCAUGCGGCUGGCGAGGAUCGGGGUGGAGUGCAUCAUGCGCGGCAGCAGCGGUGCAGCAGACGUGCGUACAAGCAGGAGUGCAAAGGAGUGCACAGGAUUUACUUGUCAGUUCAGUGCCCACCUGCAUGCGGCUGGCGAGGAUCGGGGUGGAGUGCAUCAUGCGCGGCAGCAGCGGUGCAGCAGACGUGCGUACAAGCAGGAGUGCAAAGGAGUGCACAGGAUUUACUUGUCAGUUCAGUGCCCACCUGCAUGCGGCUGGCGAGGAUCGGGGUGGAGUGCAUCAUGCGCGGCAGCAGCGGUGCAGCAGACGUGCGUACAAGCAGGAGUGCAAAGGAGUGCACAGGAUUUACUUGUCAGUUCAGUGCCCACCUGCAUGCGGCUGGCGAGGAUCGGGGUGGAGGGCAUCAUGCGCGGCAGCAGCGGUGCAGCAGACGUGCGUACAAGCAGGAGUGCAAAGGAGUGCACAGGAUUUACUUGUCAGUUCAGUGCCCACCUGCAUGCGGCUGGCGAGGAUCGGGGUGGAGUGCAUCAUGCGCGGCAGCAGCGGUGCAGCAGACGUGCGUACAAGCAGGAGUGCAAAGGAGUGCACAGGAUUUACUUGUCAGUUCAGUGCCCACCUGCAUGCGGCUGGCGAGGAUCGGGGUGGAGGGCAUCAUGCGCGGCAGCAGCGGUGCAGCAGACGUGCGUACAAGCAGGAGUGCAAAGGAGUGCACAGGAUUUACUUGUCAGUUCAGUGCCCACCUGCAUGCGGCUGGCGAGGAUCGGGGUGGAGUGCAUCAUGCGCGGCAGCAGCGGUGCAGCAGACGUGCGUACAAGCAGGAGUGCAAAGGAGUGCACAGGAUUUACUUGUCAGUUCAGUGCCCACCUGCAUGCGGCUGGCGAGGAUCGGGGUGGAGUGCAUCAUGCGCGGCAGCAGCGGUGCAGCAGACGUGCGUACAAGCAGGAGUGCAAAGGAGUGCACAGGAUUUACUUGUCAGUUCAGUGCCCACCUGCAUGCGGCUGGCGAGGAUCGGGGUGGAGUGCAUCAUGCGCGGCAGCAGCGGUGCAGCAGACGUGCGUACAAGCAGGAGUGCAAAGGAGUGCACAGGAUUUACUUGUCAGUUCAGUGCCCACCUGCAUGCGGCUGGCGAGGAUCGGGGUGGAGGGCAUCAUGCGCGGCAGCAGCGGUGCAGCAGACGUGCGUACAAGCAGGAGUGCAAAGGAGUGCACAGGAUUUACUUGUCAGUUCAGUGCCCACCUGCAUGCGGCUGGCGAGGAUCGGGGUGGAGUGCAUCAUGCGCGGCAGCAGCGGUGCAGCAGACGUGCGUACAAGCAGGAGUGCAAAGGAGUGCACAGGAUUUACUUGUCAGUUCAGUGCCCACCUGCAUGCGGCUGGCGAGGAUCGGGGUGGAGUGCAUCAUGCGCGGCAGCAGCGGUGCAGCAGACGUGCGUACAAGCAGGAGUGCAAAGGAGUGCACAGGAUUUACUUGUCAGUUCAGUGCCCACCUGCAUGCGGCUGGCGAGGAUCGGGGUGGAGGGCAUCAUGCGCGGCAGCAGCGGUGCAGCAGACGUGCGUACAAGCAGGAGUGCAAAGGAGUGCACAGGAUUUACUUGUCAGUUCAGUGCCCACCUGCAUGCGGCUGGCGAGGAUCGGGGUGGAGUGCAUCAUGCGCGGCAGCAGCGGUGCAGCAGACGUGCGUACAAGCAGGAGUGCAAAGGAGUGCACAGGAUUUACUUGUCAGUUCAGUGCCCACCUGCAUGCGGCUGGCGAGGAUCGGGGUGGAGUGCAUCAUGCGCGGCAGCAGCGGUGCAGCAGACGUGCGUACAAGCAGGAGUGCAAAGGAGUGCACAGGAUUUACUUGUCAGUUCAGUGCCCACCUGCAUGCGGCUGGCGAGGAUCGGGGUGGAGUGCAUCAUGCGCGGCAGCAGCGGUGCAGCAGACGUGCGUACAAGCAGGAGUGCAAAGGAGUGCACAGGAUUUACUUGUCAGUUCAGUGCCCACCUGCAUGCGGCUGGCGAGGAUCGGGGUGGAGUGCAUCAUGCGCGGCAGCAGCGGUGCAGCAGACGUGCGUACAAGCAGGAGUGCAAAGGAGUGCACAGGAUUUACUUGUCAGUUCAGUGCCCACCUGCAUGCGGCUGGCGAGGAUCGGGGUGGAGUGCAUCAUGCGCGGCAGCAGCGGUGCAGCAGACGUGCGUACAAGCAGGAGUGCAAAGGAGUGCACAGGAUUUACUUGUCAGUUCAGUGCCCACCUGCAUGCGGCUGGCGAGGAUCGGGGUGGAGGGCAUCAUGCGCGGCAGCAGCGGUGCAGCAGACGUGCGUACAAGCAGGAGUGCAAAGGAGUGCACAGGAUUUACUUGUCAGUUCAGUGCCCACCUGCAUGCGGCUGGCGAGGAUCGGGGUGGAGUGCAUGAUGCGCGGCAGCAGCGGUGCAGCAGACGUGCGUACAAGCAGGAGUGCAAAGGAGUGCACAGGAUUUACUUGUCAGUUCAGUGCCCACCUGCAUGCGGCUGGCGAGGAUCGGGGUGGAGUGCAUCAUGCGCGGCAGCAGCGGUGCAGCAGACGUGCGUACAAGCAGGAGUGCAAAGGAGUGCACAGGAUUUACUUGUCAGUUCAGUGCCCACCUGCAUGCGGCUGGCGAGGAUCGGGGUGGAGUGCAUCAUGCGCGGCAGCAGCGGUGCAGCAGACGUGCGUACAAGCAGGAGUGCAAAGGAGUGCACAGGAUUUACUUGUCAGUUCAGUGCCCACCUGCAUGCGGCUGGCGAGGAUCGGGGUGGAGUGCAUCAUGCGCGGCAGCAGCGGUGCAGCAGACGUGCGUACAAGCAGGAGUGCAAAGGAGUGCACAGGAUUUACUUGUCAGUUCAGUGCCCACCUGCAUGCGGCUGGCGAGGAUCGGGGUGGAGUGCAUCAUGCGCGGCAGCAGCGGUGCAGCAGACGUGCGUACAAGCAGGAGUGCAAAGGAGUGCACAGGAUUUACUUGUCAGUUCAGUGCCCACCUGCAUGCGGCUGGCGAGGAUCGGGGUGGAGUGCAUCAUGCGCGGCAGCAGCGGUGCAGCAGACGUGCGUACAAGCAGGAGUGCAAAGGAGUGCACAGGAUUUACUUGUCAGUUCAGUGCCCACCUGCAUGCGGCUGGCGAGGAUCGGGGUGGAGUGCAUCAUGCGCGGCAGCAGCGGUGCAGCAGACGUGCGUACAAGCAGGAGUGCAAAGGAGUGCACAGGAUUUACUUGUCAGUUCAGUGCCCACCUGCAUGCGGCUGGCGAGGAUCGGGGUGGAGUGCAUCAUGCGCGGCAGCAGCGGUGCAGCAGACGUGCGUACAAGCAGGAGUGCAAAGGAGUGCACAGGAUUUACUUGUCAGUUCAGUGCCCACCUGCAUGCGGCUGGCGAGGAUCGGGGUGGAGUGCAUCAUGCGCGGCAGCAGCGGUGCAGCAGACGUGCGUACAAGCAGGAGUGCAAAGGAGUGCACAGGAUUUACUUGUCAGUUCAGUGCCCACCUGCAUGCGGCUGGCGAGGAUCGGGGUGGAGUGCAUCAUGCGCGGCAGCAGCGGUGCAGCAGACGUGCGUACAAGCAGGAGUGCAAAGGAGUGCACAGGAUUUACUUGUCAGUUCAGUGCCCACCUGCAUGCGGCUGGCGAGGAUCGGGGGUGGAGGGCAUCAUGCGCGGCAGCAGCGGUGCAGCAGACGUGCGUACAAGCAGGAGUGCAAAGGAGUGCACAGGAUUUACUUGUCAGUUCAGUGCCCACCUGCAUGCGGCUGGCGAGGAUCGGGGUGGAGUGCAUCAUGCGCGGCAGCAGCGGUUCAGCAGACGUGCGUACAAGCAGGAGUGCAAAGGAGUGCACAGGAUUUACUUGUCAGUUCAGUGCCCACCUGCAUGCGGCUGGCGAGGAUCGGGGUGGAGUGCAUCAUGCGCGGCAGCAGCGGUGCAGCAGACGUGCGUACAAGCAGGAGUGCAAAGGAGUGCACAGGAUUUACUUGUCAGUUCAGUGCCCACCUGCAUGCGGCUGGCGAGGAUCGGGGUGGAGUGCAUCAUGCGCGGCAGCAGCGGUGCAGCAGACGUGCGUACAAGCAGGAGUGCAAAGGAGUGCACAGGAUUUACUUGUCAGUUCAGUGCCCACCUGCAUGCGGCUGGCGAGGAUCGGGGUGGAGUGCAUCAUGCGCGGCAGCAGCGGUGCAGCAGACGUGCGUACAAGCAGGAGUGCAAAGGAGUGCACAGGAUUUACUUGUCAGUUCAGUGCCCACCUGCAUGCGGCUGGCGAGGAUCGGGGGUGGAGGGCAUCAUGCGCGGCAGCAGCGGUGCAGCAGACGUGCGUACAAGCAGGAGUGCAAAGGAGUGCACAGGAUUUACUUGUCAGUUCAGUGCCCACCUGCAUGCGGCUGGCGAGGAUCGGGUGCCCACCUGCAUGCGGCUGGCGAGGAUCGGGGUGGAGGGCAUCAUGCGCGGCAGCAGCGGUGCAGCAGACGUGCGUACAAGCAGGAGUGCAAAGGAGUGCACAGGAUUUACUUGUCAGUUCAGUGCCCACCUGCAUGCGGCUGGCGAGGAUCGGGGUGGAGGGCAUCAUGCGCGGCAGCAGCGGUGCAGCAGACGUGCGUACAAGCAGGAGUGCAAAGGAGUGCACAGGAUUUACUUGUCAGUUCAGUGCCCACCUGCAUGCGGCUGGCGAGGAUCGGGGUGGAGUGCAUCAUGCGCGGCAGCAGCGGUGCAGCAGACGUGCGUACAAGCAGGAGUGCAAAGGAGUGCACAGGAUUUACUUGUCAGUUCAGUGCCCACCUGCAUGCGGCUGGCGAGGAUCGGGGUGGAGUGCAUCAUGCGCGGCAGCAGCGGUGCAGCAGACGUGCGUACAAGCAGGAGUGCAAAGGAGUGCACAGGAUUUACUUGUCAGUUCAGUGCCCACCUGCAUGCGGCUGGCGAGGAUCGGGGUGGAGUGCAUCAUGCGCGGCAGCAGCGGUGCAGCAGACGUGCGUACAAGCAGGAGUGCAAAGGAGUGCACAGGAUUUACUUGUCAGUUCAGUGCCCACCUGCAUGCGGCUGGCGAGGAUCGGGGUGGAGUGCAUCAUGCGCGGCAGCAGCGGUGCAGCAGACGUGCGUACAAGCAGGAGUGCAAAGGAGUGCACAGGAUUUACUUGUCAGUUCAGUGCCCACCUGCAUGCGGCUGGCGAGGAUCGGGGUGGAGUGCAUCAUGCGCGGCAGCAGCGGUGCAGCAGACGUGCGUACAAGCAGGAGUGCAAAGGAGUGCACAGGAUUUACUUGUCAGUUCAGUGCCCACCUGCAUGCGGCUGGCGAGGAUCGGGGUGGAGUGCAUCAUGCGCGGCAGCAGCGGUGCAGCAGACGUGCGUACAAGCAGGAGUGCAAAGGAGUGCACAGGAUUUACUUGUCAGUUCAGUGCCCACCUGCAUGCGGCUGGCGAGGAUCGGGGUGGAGUGCAUCAUGCGCGGCAGCAGCGGUGCAGCAGACGUGCGUACAAGCAGGAGUGCAAAGGAGUGCACAGGAUUUACUUGUCAGUUCAGUGCCCACCUGCAUGCGGCUGGCGAGGAUCGGGGUGGAGGGCAUCAUGCGCGGCAGCAGCGGUGCAGCAGACGUGCGUACAAGCAGGAGUGCAAAGGAGUGCACAGGAUUUACUUGUCAGUUCAGUGCCCACCUGCAUGCGGCUGGCGAGGAUCGGGGUGGAGUGCAUCAUGCGCGGCAGCAGCGGUGCAGCAGACGUGCGUACAAGCAGGAGUGCAAAGGAGUGCACAGGAUUUACUUGUCAGUUCAGUGCCCACCUGCAUGCGGCUGGCGAGGAUCGGGGUGGAGUGCAUCAUGCGCGGCAGCAGCGGUGCAGCAGACGUGCGUACAAGCAGGAGUGCAAAGGAGUGCACAGGAUUUACUUGUCAGUUCAGUGCCCACCUGCAUGCGGCUGGCGAGGAUCGGGGUGGAGUGCAUCAUGCGCGGCAGCAGCGGUGCAGCAGACGUGCGUACAAGCAGGAGUGCAAAGGAGUGCACAGGAUUUACUUGUCAGUUCAGUGCCCACCUGCAUGCGGCUGGCGAGGAUCGGGGUGGAGUGCAUCAUGCGCGGCAGCAGCGGUGCAGCAGACGUGCGUACAAGCAGGAGUGCAAAGGAGUGCACAGGAUUUACUUGUCAGUUCAGUGCCCACCUGCAUGCGGCUGGCGAGGAUCGGGGUGGAGUGCAUCAUGCGCGGCAGCAGCGGUGCAGCAGACGUGCGUACAAGCAGGAGUGCAAAGGAGUGCACAGGAUUUACUUGUCAGUUCAGUGCCCACCUGCAUGCGGCUGGCGAGGAUCGGGGUGGAGUGCAUCAUGCGCGGCAGCAGCGGUGCAGCAGACGUGCGUACAAGCAGGAGUGCAAAGGAGUGCACAGGAUUUACUUGUCAGUUCAGUGCCCACCUGCAUGCGGCUGGCGAGGAUCGGGGUGGAGGGCAUCAUGCGCGGCAGCAGCGGUGCAGCAGACGUGCGUACAAGCAGGAGUGCAAAGGAGUGCACAGGAUUUACUUGUCAGUUCAGUGCCCACCUGCAUGCGGCUGGCGAGGAUCGGGGUGGAGUGCAUCAUGCGCGGCAGCAGCGGUGCAGCAGACGUGCGUACAAGCAGGAGUGCAAAGGAGUGCACAGGAUUUACUUGUCAGUUCAGUGCCCACCUGCAUGCGGCUGGCGAGGAUCGGGGUGGAGUGCAUCAUGCGCGGCAGCAGCGGUGCAGCAGACGUGCGUACAAGCAGGAGUGCAAAGGAGUGCACAGGAUUUACUUGUCAGUUCAGUGCCCACCUGCAUGCGGCUGGCGAGGAUCGGGGUGGAGUGCAUCAUGCGCGGCAGCAGCGGUGCAGCAGACGUGCGUACAAGCAGGAGUGCAAAGGAGUGCACAGGAUUUACUUGUCAGUUCAGUGCCCACCUGCAUGCGGCUGGCGAGGAUCGGGGUGGAGUGCAUCAUGCGCGGCAGCAGCGGUGCAGCAGACGUGCGUACAAGCAGGAGUGCAAAGGAGUGCACAGGAUUUACUUGUCAGUUCAGUGCCCACCUGCAUGCGGCUGGCGAGGAUCGGGGUGGAGUGCAUCAUGCGCGGCAGCAGCGGUGCAGCAGACGUGCGUACAAGCAGGAGUGCAAAGGAGUGCACAGGAUUUACUUGUCAGUUCAGUGCCCACCUGCAUGCGGCUGGCGAGGAUCGGGGUGGAGUGCAUCAUGCGCGGCAGCAGCGGUGCAGCAGACGUGCGUACAAGCAGGAGUGCAAAGGAGUGCACAGGAUUUACUUGUCAGUUCAGUGCCCACCUGCAUGCGGCUGGCGAGGAUCGGGGUGGAGUGCAUCAUGCGCGGCAGCAGCGGUGCAGCAGACGUGCGUACAAGCAGGAGUGCAAAGGAGUGCACAGGAUUUACUUGUCAGUUCAGUGCCCACCUGCAUGCGGCUGGCGAGGAUCGGGGUGGAGUGCAUCAUGCGCGGCAGCAGCGGUGCAGCAGACGUGCGUACAAGCAGGAGUGCAAAGGAGUGCACAGGAUUUACUUGUCAGUUCAGUGCCCACCUGCAUGCGGCUGGCGAGGAUCGGGGUGGAGUGCAUCAUGCGCGGCAGCAGCGGUGCAGCAGACGUGCGUACAAGCAGGAGUGCAAAGGAGUGCACAGGAUUUACUUGUCAGUUCAGUGCCCACCUGCAUGCGGCUGGCGAGGAUCGGGGUGGAGUGCAUCAUGCGCGGCAGCAGCGGUGCAGCAGACGUGCGUACAAGCAGGAGUGCAAAGGAGUGCACAGGAUUUACUUGUCAGUUCAGUGCCCACCUGCAUGCGGCUGGCGAGGAUCGGGGUGGAGUGCAUCAUGCGCGGCAGCAGCGGUGCAGCAGACGUGCGUACAAGCAGGAGUGCAAAGGAGUGCACAGGAUUUACUUGUCAGUUCAGUGCCCACCUGCAUGCGGCUGGCGAGGAUCGGGGUGGAGUGCAUCAUGCGCGGCAGCAGCGGUGCAGCAGACGUGCGUACAAGCAGGAGUGCAAAGGAGUGCACAGGAUUUACUUGUCAGUUCAGUGCCCACCUGCAUGCGGCUGGCGAGGAUCGGGGUGGAGUGCAUCAUGCGCGGCAGCAGCGGUGCAGCAGACGUGCGUACAAGCAGGAGUGCAAAGGAGUGCACAGGAUUUACUUGUCAGUUCAGUGCCCACCUGCAUGCGGCUGGCGAGGAUCGGGGUGGAGUGCAUCAUGCGCGGCAGCAGCGGUGCAGCAGACGUGCGUACAAGCAGGAGUGCAAAGGAGUGCACAGGAUUUACUUGUCAGUUCAGUGCCCACCUGCAUGCGGCUGGCGAGGAUCGGGGUGGAGUGCAUCAUGCGCGGCAGCAGCGGUGCAGCAGACGUGCGUACAAGCAGGAGUGCAAAGGAGUGCACAGGAUUUACUUGUCAGUUCAGUGCCCACCUGCAUGCGGCUGGCGAGGAUCGGGGUGGAGUGCAUCAUGCGCGGCAGCAGCGGUGCAGCAGACGUGCGUACAAGCAGGAGUGCAAAGGAGUGCACAGGAUUUACUUGUCAGUUCAGUGCCCACCUGCAUGCGGCUGGCGAGGAUCGGGGUGGAGUGCAUCAUGCGCGGCAGCAGCGGUGCAGCAGACGUGCGUACAAGCAGGAGUGCAAAGGAGUGCACAGGAUUUACUUGUCAGUUCAGUGCCCACCUGCAUGCGGCUGGCGAGGAUCGGGGUGGAGUGCAUCAUGCGCGGCAGCAGCGGUGCAGCAGACGUGCGUACAAGCAGGAGUGCAAAGGAGUGCACAGGAUUUACUUGUCAGUUCAGUGCCCACCUGCAUGCGGCUGGCGAGGAUCGGGGUGGAGUGCAUCAUGCGCGGCAGCAGCGGUGCAGCAGACGUGCGUACAAGCAGGAGUGCAAAGGAGUGCACAGGAUUUACUUGUCAGUUCAGUGCCCACCUGCAUGCGGCUGGCGAGGAUCGGGGUGGAGGGCAUCAUGCGCGGCAGCAGCGGUGCAGCAGACGUGCGUACAAGCAGGAGUGCAAAGGAGUGCACAGGAUUUACUUGUCAGUUCAGUGCCCACCUGCAUGCGGCUGGCGAGGAUCGGGGUGGAGUGCAUCAUGCGCGGCAGCAGCGGUUCAGCAGACGUGCGUACAAGCAGGAGUGCAAAGGAGUGCACAGGAUUUACUUGUCAGUUCAGUGCCCACCUGCAUGCGGCUGGCGAGGAUCGGGGUGGAGUGCAUCAUGCGCGGCAGCAGCGGUGCAGCAGACGUGCGUACAAGCAGGAGUGCAAAGGAGUGCACAGGAUUUACUUGUCAGUUCAGUGCCCACCUGCAUGCGGCUGGCGAGGAUCGGGGUGGAGUGCAUCAUGCGCGGCAGCAGCGGUGCAGCAGACGUGCGUACAAGCAGGAGUGCAAAGGAGUGCACAGGAUUUACUUGUCAGUUCAGUGCCCACCUGCAUGCGGCUGGCGAGGAUCGGGGUGGAGUGCAUCAUGCGCGGCAGCAGCGGUGCAGCAGACGUGCGUACAAGCAGGAGUGCAAAGGAGUGCACAGGAUUUACUUGUCAGUUCAGUGCCCACCUGCAUGCGGCUGGCGAGGAUCGGGGGUGGAGUGCAUCAUGCGCGGCAGCAGCGGUGCAGCAGACGUGCGUACAAGCAGGAGUGCAAAGGAGUGCACAGGAUUUACUUGUCAGUUCAGUGCCCACCUGCAUGCGGCUGGCGAGGAUCGGGGUGGAGUGCAUCAUGCGCGGCAGCAGCGGUUGCAGCAGACGUGCGUACAAGCAGGAGUGCAAAGGAGUGCACAGGAUUUACUUGUCAGUUCAGUGCCCACCUGCAUGCGGCUGGCGAGGAUCGGGGUGGAGUGCAUCAUGCGCGGCAGCAGCGGUGCAGCAGACGUGCGUACAAGCAGGAGUGCAAAGGAGUGCACAGGAUUUACUUGUCAGUUCAGUGCCCACCUGCAUGCGGCUGGCGAGGAUCGGGGUGGAGUGCAUCAUGCGCGGCAGCAGCGGUUGCAGCAGACGUGCGUACAAGCAGGAGUGCAAAGGAGUGCACAGGAUUUACUUGUCAGUUCAGUGCCCACCUGCAUGCGGCUGGCGAGGAUCGGGGUGGAGUGCAUCAUGCGCGGCAGCAGCGGUGCAGCAGACGUGCGUACAAGCAGGAGUGCAAAGGAGUGCACAGGAUUUACUUGUCAGUUCAGUGCCCACCUGCAUGCGGCUGGCGAGGAUCGGGGUGGAGUGCAUCAUGCGCGGCAGCAGCGGUGCAGCAGACGUGCGUACAAGCAGGAGUGCAAAGGAGUGCACAGGAUUUACUUGUCAGUUCAGUGCCCACCUGCAUGCGGCUGGCGAGGAUCGGGGUGGAGUGCAUCAUGCGCGGCAGCAGCGGUGCAGCAGACGUGCGUACAAGCAGGAGUGCAAAGGAGUGCACAGGAUUUACUUGUCAGUUCAGUGCCCACCUGCAUGCGGCUGGCGAGGAUCGGGGUGGAGUGCAUCAUGCGCGGCAGCAGCGGUGCAGCAGACGUGCGUACAAGCAGGAGUGCAAAGGAGUGCACAGGAUUUACUUGUCAGUUCAGUGCCCACCUGCAUGCGGCUGGCGAGGAUCGGGGUGGAGUGCAUCAUGCGCGGCAGCAGCGGUGCAGCAGACGUGCGUACAAGCAGGAGUGCAAAGGAGUGCACAGGAUUCACUUGUCAGUUCAGUGCCCACCUGCAUGCGGCUGGCGAGGAUCGGGGUGGAGUGCAUCAUGCGCGGCAGCAGCGGUGCAGCAGACGUGCGUACAAGCAGGAGUGCAAAGGAGUGCACAGGAUUUACUUGUCAGUUCAGUGCCCACCUGCAUGCGGCUGGCGAGGAUCGGGGUGGAGUGCAUCAUGCGCGGCAGCAGCGGUGCAGCAGACGUGCGUACAAGCAGGAGUGCAAAGGAGUGCACAGGAUUUACUUGUCAGUUCAGUGCCCACCUGCAUGCGGCUGGCGAGGAUCGGGGUGGAGUGCAUCAUGCGCGGCAGCAGCGGUGCAGCAGACGUGCGUACAAGCAGGAGUGCAAAGGAGUGCACAGGAUUUACUUGUCAGUUCAGUGCCCACCUGCAUGCGGCUGGCGAGGAUCGGGGUGGAGUGCAUCAUGCGCGGCAGCAGCGGUGCAGCAGACGUGCGUACAAGCAGGAGUGCAAAGGAGUGCACAGGAUUUACUUGUCAGUUCAGUGCCCACCUGCAUGCGGCUGGCGAGGAUCGGGGUGGAGUGCAUCAUGCGCGGCAGCAGCGGUGCAGCAGACGUGCGUACAAGCAGGAGUGCAAAGGAGUGCACAGGAUUUACUUGUCAGUUCAGUGCCCACCUGCAUGCGGCUGGCGAGGAUCGGGGUGGAGUGCAUCAUGCGCGGCAGCAGCGGUGCAGCAGACGUGCGUACAAGCAGGAGUGCAAAGGAGUGCACAGGAUUUACUUGUCAGUUCAGUGCCCACCUGCAUGCGGCUGGCGAGGAUCGGGGUGGAGUGCAUCAUGCGCGGCAGCAGCGGUGCAGCAGACGUGCGUACAAGCAGGAGUGCAAAGGAGUGCACAGGAUUUACUUGUCAGUUCAGUGCCCACCUGCAUGCGGCUGGCGAGGAUCGGGGUGGAGUGCAUCAUGCGCGGCAGCAGCGGUGCAGCAGACGUGCGUACAAGCAGGAGUGCAAAGGAGUGCACAGGAUUUACUUGUCAGUUCAGUGCCCACCUGCAUGCGGCUGGCGAGGAUCGGGGUGGAGUGCAUCAUGCGCGGCAGCAGCGGUGCAGCAGACGUGCGUACAAGCAGGAGUGCAAAGGAGUGCACAGGAUUUACUUGUCAGUUCAGUGCCCACCUGCAUGCGGCUGGCGAGGAUCGGGGUGGAGUGCAUCAUGCGCGGCAGCAGCGGUGCAGCAGACGUGCGUACAAGCAGGAGUGCAAAGGAGUGCACAGGAUUUACUUGUCAGUUCAGUGCCCACCUGCAUGCGGCUGGCGAGGAUCGGGGUGGAGUGCAUCAUGCGCGGCAGCAGCGGUGCAGCAGACGUGCGUACAAGCAGGAGUGCAAAGGAGUGCACAGGAUUUACUUGUCAGUUCAGUGCCCACCUGCAUGCGGCUGGCGAGGAUCGGGGUGGAGUGCAUCAUGCGCGGCAGCAGCGGUGCAGCAGACGUGCGUACAAGCAGGAGUGCAAAGGAGUGCACAGGAUUUACUUGUCAGUUCAGUGCCCACCUGCAUGCGGCUGGCGAGGAUCGGGGUGGAGUGCAUCAUGCGCGGCAGCAGCGGUGCAGCAGACGUGCGUACAAGCAGGAGUGCAAAGGAGUGCACAGGAUUUACUUGUCAGUUCAGUGCCCACCUGCAUGCGGCUGGCGAGGAUCGGGGUGGAGUGCAUCAUGCGCGGCAGCAGCGGUGCAGCAGACGUGCGUACAAGCAGGAGUGCAAAGGAGUGCACAGGAUUUACUUGUCAGUUCAGUGCCCACCUGCAUGCGGCUGGCGAGGAUCGGGGUGGAGUGCAUCAUGCGCGGCAGCAGCGGUGCAGCAGACGUGCGUACAAGCAGGAGUGCAAAGGAGUGCACAGGAUUUACUUGUCAGUUCAGUGCCCACCUGCAUGCGGCUGGCGAGGAUCGGGGUGGAGUGCAUCAUGCGCGGCAGCAGCGGUGCAGCAGACGUGCGUACAAGCAGGAGUGCAAAGGAGUGCACAGGAUUUACUUGUCAGUUCAGUGCCCACCUGCAUGCGGCUGGCGAGGAUGGGGGUGGAGGGCAUCAUGCGCGGCAGCAGCGGUGCAGCAGACGUGCGUACAAGCAGGAGUGCAAAGGAGUGCACAGGAUUUACUUGUCAGUUCAGUGCCCACCUGCAUGCGGCUGGCGAGGAUCGGGGUGGAGUGCAUCAUGCGCGGCAGCAGCGGUUCAGCAGACGUGCGUACAAGCAGGAGUGCAAAGGAGUGCACAGGAUUUACUUGUCAGUUCAGUGCCCACCUGCAUGCGGCUGGCGAGGAUCGGGGUGGAGUGCAUCAUGCGCGGCAGCAGCGGUUCAGCAGACGUGCGUACAAGCAGGAGUGCAAAGGAGUGCACAGGAUUUACUUGUCAGUUCAGUGCCCACCUGCAUGCGGCUGGCGAGGAUCGGGGUGGAGUGCAUCAUGCGCGGCAGCAGCGGUUCAGCAGACGUGCGUACAAGCAGGAGUGCAAAGGAGUGCACAGGAUUUACUUGUCAGUUCAGUGCCCACCUGCAUGCGGCUGGCGAGGAUCGGGGUGGAGUGCAUCAUGCGCGGCAGCAGCGGUGCAGCAGACGUGCGUACAAGCAGGAGUGCAAAGGAGUGCACAGGAUUUACUUGUCAGUUCAGUGCCCACCUGCAUGCGGCUGGCGAGGAUCGGGGUGGAGUGCAUCAUGCGCGGCAGCAGCGGUGCAGCAGACGUGCGUACAAGCAGGAGUGCAAAGGAGUGCACAGGAUUUACUUGUCAGUUCAGUGCCCACCUGCAUGCGGCUGGCGAGGAUCGGGGUGGAGUGCAUCAUGCGCGGCAGCAGCGGUGCAGCAGACGUGCGUACAAGCAGGAGUGCAAAGGAGUGCACAGGAUUUACUUGUCAGUUCAGUGCCCACCUGCAUGCGGCUGGCGAGGAUCGGGGUGGAGUGCAUCAUGCGCGGCAGCAGCGGUGCAGCAGACGUGCGUACAAGCAGGAGUGCAAAGGAGUGCACAGGAUUUACUUGUCAGUUCAGUGCCCACCUGCAUGCGGCUGGCGAGGAUCGGGGUGGAGUGCAUCAUGCGCGGCAGCAGCGGUGCAGCAGACGUGCGUACAAGCAGGAGUGCAAAGGAGUGCACAGGAUUCACUUGUCAGUUCAGUGCCCACCUGCAUGCGGCUGGCGAGGAUCGGGGUGGAGUGCAUCAUGCGCGGCAGCAGCGGUGCAGCAGACGUGCGUACAAGCAGGAGUGCAAAGGAGUGCACAGGAUUUACUUGUCAGUUCAGUGCCCACCUGCAUGCGGCUGGCGAGGAUCGGGGUGGAGUGCAUCAUGCGCGGCAGCAGCGGUGCAGCAGACGUGCGUACAAGCAGGAGUGCAAAGGAGUGCACAGGAUUUACUUGUCAGUUCAGUGCCCACCUGCAUGCGGCUGGCGAGGAUCGGGGUGGAGUGCAUCAUGCGCGGCAGCAGCGGUGCAGCAGACGUGCGUACAAGCAGGAGUGCAAAGGAGUGCACAGGAUUUACUUGUCAGUUCAGUGCCCACCUGCAUGCGGCUGGCGAGGAUCGGGGUGGAGUGCAUCAUGCGCGGCAGCAGCGGUGCAGCAGACGUGCGUACAAGCAGGAGUGCAAAGGAGUGCACAGGAUUUACUUGUCAGUUCAGUGCCCACCUGCAUGCGGCUGGCGAGGAUCGGGGUGGAGUGCAUCAUGCGCGGCAGCAGCGGUGCAGCAGACGUGCGUACAAGCAGGAGUGCAAAGGAGUGCACAGGAUUCACUUGUCAGUUCAGUGCCCACCUGCAUGCGGCUGGCGAGGAUCGGGGUGGAGUGCAUCAUGCGCGGCAGCAGCGGUGCAGCAGACGUGCGUACAAGCAGGAGUGCAAAGGAGUGCACAGGAUUUACUUGUCAGUUCAGUGCCCACCUGCAUGCGGCUGGCGAGGAUCGGGGUGGAGUGCAUCAUGCGCGGCAGCAGCGGUGCAGCAGACGUGCGUACAAGCAGGAGUGCAAAGGAGUGCACAGGAUUUACUUGUCAGUUCAGUGCCCACCUGCAUGCGGCUGGCGAGGAUCGGGGUGGAGUGCAUCAUGCGCGGCAGCAGCGGUGCAGCAGACGUGCGUACAAGCAGGAGUGCAAAGGAGUGCACAGGAUUUACUUGUCAGUUCAGUGCCCACCUGCAUGCGGCUGGCGAGGAUCGGGGUGGAGUGCAUCAUGCGCGGCAGCAGCGGUGCAGCAGACGUGCGUACAAGCAGGAGUGCAAAGGAGUGCACAGGAUUUACUUGUCAGUUCAGUGCCCACCUGCAUGCGGCUGGCGAGGAUCGGGGUGGAGUGCAUCAUGCGCGGCAGCAGCGGUGCAGCAGACGUGCGUACAAGCAGGAGUGCAAAGGAGUGCACAGGAUUUACUUGUCAGUUCAGUGCCCACCUGCAUGCGGCUGGCGAGGAUCGGGGUGGAGUGCAUCAUGCGCGGCAGCAGCGGUGCAGCAGACGUGCGUACAAGCAGGAGUGCAAAGGAGUGCACAGGAUUUACUUGUCAGUUCAGUGCCCACCUGCAUGCGGCUGGCGAGGAUCGGGGUGGAGUGCAUCAUGCGCGGCAGCAGCGGUGCAGCAGACGUGCGUACAAGCAGGAGUGCAAAGGAGUGCACAGGAUUUACUUGUCAGUUCAGUGCCCACCUGCAUGCGGCUGGCGAGGAUCGGGGUGGAGUGCAUCAUGCGCGGCAGCAGCGGUGCAGCAGACGUGCGUACAAGCAGGAGUGCAAAGGAGUGCACAGGAUUUACUUGUCAGUUCAGUGCCCACCUGCAUGCGGCUGGCGAGGAUCGGGGUGGAGUGCAUCAUGCGCGGCAGCAGCGGUGCAGCAGACGUGCGUACAAGCAGGAGUGCAAAGGAGUGCACAGGAUUUACUUGUCAGUUCAGUGCCCACCUGCAUGCGGCUGGCGAGGAUCGGGGUGGAGGGCAUCAUGCGCGGCAGCAGCGGCGCAGCGACGAGGAGCAGAGGCAUGGUUUCGGCGACAAAGUGGUAGAAGUUGA